AUGCCUUCCAGUGAAUCAGUCAGGCAACACAGCUGUUGGGUGUUCCACUUAGGGAACGAUGUCAACACGAUGCCCAGCACCCUGGGAGUUCAGAAAUUAUGUACGUACGAGGUGCACCUUACUUUCGCCGUCUUUGACCCCAAGAGCCAUCCCUCAUCAGUCUGGGACUUACUACUACCAGAUCGUCGGCCAGCAGGUUGCGAAUACCCCUCAUCGCAUCGGAGGGGGAGCAACACACUGUUUGGGUUUGAAUCUGACCAUUUGGCAGCAGGCGCCGGUACCUGCCGCCGCAAGGACAGCGACAACGGGAUCGACGACGAUGACGAUGACGAGCAGAAACAGCAGUGGCAACAGCACCAGGUUGUGGGCAGGGGUCCACAGCCACCCCCGGAGUUCCCGGAGCUGGUACAAGAGGAUCAAUAUUACCAUGUUGUAGGGCUCAUGUUCCAUAUAUAA